UUCAAUCAUACGCUGCAUCAUCAAAUUAACAUCCACAAGGAUCAACAUCAUGUGUGUGUGGGGGAUCUUCCCCAGAGGUGUGACGCCGAUCCUGUGUAUGGCGGUGAUCAUACUGAUGGUAGUAGGAGCAGCCCCCCGCGGUGAAGCAGCUUUUAAGAUUCCAAGAAGAACAGUGAACAUGGCCAACGAUCUGGGACGCGGUUUAGAUCUCACCGUUCAUUGCAAGCAGAAGGGUGAAGAUCUGGGAGAGCAUCUUCUUCAUCCUAAUGAAACCUACGAGUUCACUUUCAGGCCCAACUUCUGGGGCACCACCCUUUACUUCUGCCGCUUCUAUUGGACCGGCGCUUCUAACUGGCUCGUCGUUUUCUCUAUGCAGAGGGAUCAUGACAAGUGCCCCGUUGGCUGCUUCUGGAAAAUCAGGCAAGACAAGGCCUCCAGGCUUAGCAUCAAAAGCCAUGCCUUCGACGAUUGCUUUGACUGGACACCAGCUACCUUUAUCCCUCAUCUUUCUUAAUUACUUCUGCACUGCAACUUCAUACCUAAUUCCCAUUACUUCAAUUUUAAUACAUCAAAAUCUCCUCCCCCAAUCCUUGAUUUUUUCAC